AUGGAGCGGCUGACGCUGCCCGCGGGCGGCGCGGCGGCCGCGGAGGACUACCUGGAGUACCGGAGGAUUGUGGGUGAGGACGAUGGAGGGAAACUCUUUACUCCGGAAGAGUAUGAGGAAUACAAGAGCCGAGUUUUACCCAUGCGCUUGCAGAACAGAUUGUUUGUGAGCUGGCGAUCCCCCACGGGGAUGGACUGUAAGCUCGUGGGCCCAGAGACGCUGUGCUUUUGCACACACAGGUACAAACAGCAUAAAACUGACUUUGAGACGGUCCCGCAGCAGCGCCCCAUCAGCUUGCCUUGCCGGGUGCCCGGCUGCCCGUGCAGGGCGUACCUGUACGUGCCCUUGAACGGCACGCAGCCCGUCCGCUGCCGGUGCAAGCACUUCGCCGACCAGCACAGCGCCAAGCCCGGCUUCCUGUGCAGCGCCUGCUCCAAGUGUUCGGGAUUCCACAGUUGCUUCACCUGUGCUUGUGGCCAGCCUGCGUAUGCCCAUGACACAGUGGUGGAAACGAAGCAAGAGAGGCUGGCUCAAGGAAAACCCGUGGGCCGGGACGUUCCCUAUGCGGCCAUGGGGGGCCUCACCGGCUUCAGCUCCCUGGCAGAAGGCUACAUGCGCUUAGAUGACAGCGGAGUGGGUGCACCCUCGCCUGAGCUGUUAGACUCUCCAGGGACAGCCAUGGACCACCCAUUGCUAAAGGCAUUUCAAGCAUCAGCUACUGCCCCAGAAGCACUCACAGAUGUAGGUACAAGUAGUCAAGUUUCUUCCUUAAGAAGGCCAGAGGAGGAUGACAUGGCUUUCUUUGAAAGACGAUACCAGGAAAGGAUAAAAAUGGAAAAGGCUGCUAAGCAUAAAGGAAAAGCACCAGUGCCAUCAAAAACAAAACCUUCAUGA